CGUUUUUUAUCAACAUAGAAUCGGCCGGAAAAAAAAAAAUGAUUUUAGUUUUUGGGCAAAAAAACGCGUGAUUGUCUAUGCUUUGUCGUACCAGUAAAAAUAUUGCUUUUAAUUCAUAAAUAAAUUCACAAAACAGACAUUUUAUCACAGAAUAAAAGACCAGAUUAUCUACAGUAAAUGUGAAAUGUAUUUGUCACUAUGAGUAGUGAAUCAAAAGUUGUUAUGACAUCUUUACAGCUAUAUAAAUAUCUGUUACGUCAAUGUGAAAGGUUACCGCCAGAUGCAUGUAAACAUUACAAGUUUGCGGUGAAGCAGAGUUACAAGCAACAUAAAUUUGAGCCUGAUCCAGAAAGAGUUAAAGAAAUUAUAUCAAAGAGUAUUGACGAUGCCAAGUGGAUAAUAAAUAAAUAUGUAAAAAAUUAAUACACAUCAAUGAAGAAAGCUGAAGUGUACAUAAAAAGUAUGAUUUAUUCAAGCUUAAGUUACUAGGAUUCAUUUCCAUCAAUAAUGAGCGUGUUUGGAGAGAAGAUAGAAGAUUAUGAAAUACUUGAACACCUAGGAAAAGGAGGAUUUGCUCACGUAUAUCGAGCAAGAUGUCGACGGACAGGAACAUUUGUAGCUAUCAAAAUGAUAGACAAGGCUUUAAUGGCCAGUGCAGGCAUGAUAGGGCGUGUCCGACAAGAGGUCACCAUACACUCACGCCUGAAACACCCUGCUAUUCUGGAAUUAUAUACUUUCUUUGAAGAUGCACACUAUGUUUAUUUAGUGUUAGAACUAGCCCACAAUGGGGAGUUAGCUAAGCACUUUAAGCUAGGAGCUCUGGGCCUUUCUGAGAAAGCUGCAGCCGAUAUUUUUAGGCAAGUAGUGAGUGGUGUACUUUAUCUCCACACCCAUAACAUCAUACAUCGAGAUCUAUCUUUAAAUAAUUUAUUGCUAACAAAAGAUAUGAAUGUCAAAAUAGCAGAUUUUGGUUUAGCUACUCAAUUAAAUGCACCUGAUGAGAAACAUGUCACCAUGUGUGGAACACCCAAUUAUAUAUCUCCAGAGGUGGCAUCCAGAGAACUCCACGGACUGCCAGCUGAUGUAUGGGGACUGGGUUGCAUGCUGUAUACUUUACUAGUGGGAAGCCCGCCGUUUCACACUCAACAUGUUAAAACAACUCUUAAUAAAGUGAUAAAUGCAGAUUACAAAAUUCCAUCAGAUUUAUCUGUACAAGCUCAAGAUUUACUACAGAAACUUCUAUGCAAAGAUCCCACUAAAAGAAUAACAUUGAAAGGAAUCAUGGAUCAUCCAUUCCUACAUAUGAAUAAUAUCUCAAAUAUUGCCAAGCAAGAUAUAUCUAGAGAUUCUGGCUUUUUAACAACACUGCACAGCACUCAACAUAGUACUAAGACAAGAAAUGAAGAUAAGACUAUUUCUGAUUAUCUUGGUAUGUGCAGAGAACAUAAUGUGGACAACAUUGUUUGUAGGGAAGAAACUAAACCUCCUUCAUUUAAUGUUUUUAGUGGAAUUCCAGAUAACAACUACUUAUCUAAUCACAGUAAUGUUUGUAAUAGCUAUGGUAAUUGUAGUAGUAAAGAAAAAAGAAACAAUGGCUUACUCAUGACUAGACAAACACCAAUUCAAAAGUUUGAUAGUGCCUGUAAUAGUAAUUCUUUAAUAGAUAGUAUGAACAGGAUUAAUAACAACAGGAUUGAUGGUUGUUCAACUCCUGUAGCUGCACAAGAAAAUAAAGAAAAUGUCCCUAAACCAUGUAGCAGCACCAAUAGCAACAGCUUGGGAGUUCCACCAUUAUGUGCAGAGAGAUUGCCCAUUAUUUCUCAUAGAACACGAAACGCUAUUUUGAAAAUAGAACCAACUAGUGUUAUUGUAGAAUUUAUCAAAAGGAAAGGCAAGGAUAGAGAAGAAAAAGUGGUUGAAAUAUGUGAGAUAUCAAAAGAUGGUAUGAAAAUAUUGAUAUAUUCUCCUGAAAAUUCCAGAGAUAAAGCCAAUGGAUUACACAAAGAAAAUCUUAACCCUGAUGAAGUGUUUUCAUAUCAUAACUUGCCACAAAAACAUUGGAAAAAGUAUUUGUAUGCAGCUCGGUUUGUUGAUUUAGUUAAAGCUAAAACACCAAAGAUUACUCUUUAUACAUCACUAGCAAAAUGUCAACUUAUGGAAAAUGGAACUGAUAUAGAUUUAUUUUUCUACAGUGGUGAAAAGGUGACAUUUUCUUCUACAGAAGGUCUAAAAAUUAUUGACAAAAACUUAACAACACACUAUGCUACUGCAGCUGCUCCUCAAUUAAAAUACUUAAUUGAUCAUUUUGAAGAGUGUUCUAAUCGUAUGAAGAGGAUACUUGGUGCAUUAUCCAGUAUUCCUGAUGAGUGUUUCCCUUUAAUUAUUGGUAAGAGGCCAGUUCCACCUGCAAAUACUGCAGCCUCACCAAUGCAGGGAUCUGUGAAUGUUAACUAUAAUACUCCAGUUUUUAAUAUUGGUUCAUUUCAUCGCACAACAGCUGGUUCUAGUCAUGCUCAGAGCGAUUAUAAUGCUACAUAGUAAAUGGACAACUUCUAUAGGAAGGCUUGGUUUAGAUUUAAGCAAAUUGUUUAUUAGAAAUAAUAGUGUAUUUUUUAAAUGGAUAUAUUCACUUGUACACUGAAUCGUAAUACCCUUACUUAAUUUUGUAUUACAGUUUUGUUUAAUGGUAGUCCAUUUACUUUAUAAAUUUAUUAUUUGUAGGAUAAUGUAAUAAUUGUAUGUAGGCUAGCUUAUAGCAAUUAAAAUGGAUAUUACAUUUAUGAAA